AUGGCGAACAAGGAAAACCUUUCGCCGCACAGCGCCGCAUCGAGAAAUCUCGCGCACGAUGGCUCGGGACCAUUCGUCCACGCAUCCAGCAGCAACCGCAAUCAAGCACACAGUCCCAUUUUCGGCCUCUCUCCAAGCAAGAACCCCGUCCUCAACCAACAGCGAGACCACUCCGCUUGUCGCCGAACAGAUUUGCCAUUGAAAGUUCGUAAGACACGGGAGAAUCUCAGAGAGCCUGUCGCGUACACCAAUGUCCUGCCACCACUGCCACCAUGUGUUCACGCAGGUCACACGGCGGCUGAGGUCGUCAGAGAAGACGCGCACGACCAAAUCGACACGUCCGAAUCAACGCUGGUGGAUGCUUAUGAAGAUGACAACGCAGCCCUGCGCGCUCUUGAUCCUGCGCCAAUGCCCGGCAGGAUGCAGAGGCAUAAAUCUGUUAGCCGACGAAUGCUUUCCAAGGUGAAGGAAGGCAUUUCUCAACGAUCUCGCAGCUCACAAUCAAUGCGACCUCCAGCAGGCUCAGACACAGGCUUGAUGCGAAAAUUGUCAGGAAAGAUCAAGCAGAGUUCGGAAGAGCAGCCCCGAAUGCGCAGCUUCGAAAUCAGUAGAGAGAGCAUCGACAGCCUGGUUGAAGACGGAAUAGGUGCGAAACCUACAGCAUCAUCCAACCCCAGCAUCCCUAUGGAAUAUCCAACGGGCAGUACUCCAAUCACGACUCCACCACCUUCUAGUCCCUUGACGCCAAAAGCUUUGACACAUACGAGACAGUAUUCCGGGCGCUUGCUCUCACCCUCUCCUGAACCUCGUGCACCGUCUGACGACCCUACACCGCGGCCGACGCUGAAGACAAGCACGUCCGGCUUUGGCCGCGAGAGCAAAAGCUUACAGGUCACGAUCCCUUUUGUCAAUUUGUCCGUCAAAGUCGAUCGCAACUCUAUUGACGUAAACCUUGCGGGAGACAUGUGGGUUGCGGUCGAGGGCACUGUACGAAGCUGGGCAGUUGAAGCRUCCACUAUGCAUUCCGCACGAACAGCGCCACUGCGCAAGAGAUCGCUCGAUGCUAUCAUCGUCGUAACUCAGGAUGUUCUUGCGUUUGAUACAAAGGCCGCGCACAAGUGCAUCGUUGAGCUGUGCUCCAGACUCAACGUUGCCGGUGAUAGACUGGCAGUGCUGUGCGCCCGAAUGCAGCAGACUGGUACAUCCGCGGUGAACUGCGAGUGCGAGCAACUCCAUCCGCUGCAGGGUCCUAGUUUGACGAGGCUUUUCGAACGUUUAGGCAUCGCUCCGGCCGCCGUCAACACCAUCUUCGAGGCAAACUGGCAGUCAUUGCCAGACUCACUGCAAUGUCUGGCAGAGAGCGGACUUCGCAAGGACAGAGCGCAAGCAUUCGUCAUCUCGAGAACCCCGGACUUGCUUGUGCAAAUCAUUGAUCACUUGGUCCAGUGGCCAACACAUGCUCUCAAGAUCGGCCUUACUUCAGAGCAUGCUACCGUCCCAGUCCCUCAUACCCGCCACAACUGGGCCGUCCAGAUCAAAGGUGAUGCGGAUGAAAAUGUAGAAAUCUUCGAUAACAUGAUCAAAGACCUGCGCCACGGCUGUCCAGGGGGCUGCAUCUCUAGUCUGCGCAUGUGCUACAAGCCAAGACAAGGCUGUCAGAUCUUGGAGGUGUUGGGCCAAAAAGCUUCCAGAGACUUGAGGCUCGGACAGCGAUUUUCACUCUUCCUCAAAGUUCACGUGCCUCGCGUCGACACUUCCCGAUCAGACGCACAUAACGAAGCCACCGAGACUGAUUCACUGUUCGCCGAGCUGGAGAGUAUCGUUGGAACUCUGGAGACAAACUUGGUCCACGUUGAGGCUCGCUACCGACACUCUCUGUUCCCGUCCGAGAGUGUAGUGACAGUGAGGCAGAUUUGCAGCAUUAGACGCCCAAAAUCGGACACUCGUUGGAGCACCGUUGGACGAGAGAAUGAUGUCUCGAGUCCGGAACGGGUACAUGUGGCACUGGCGCAAUUCCUCGCGAUGCAUUAUCCUCCAGCUAGGGCGCUCAGAAUGAUAAAUCGGUGGGUCAUGCUGCCAAGUGAGUGUCAAGUCGAAGAGAUGCAGCAAGUCAGAAAAUACUUGGAGCUGCAAAUCAAUGCCUCUGAUGGUUUGGGCGGUAGCAGCACAUCAGUUUCACCUGACUCCACGAAGCCGAGCGUGAUAGUCACAGACAUUGAGAGCGAACCGCACGUUACCGCAACACCAUGCAAGAUUGAAGCAGUACCGCCAGGCAUACCAUCCGCAUCCAGGGUGGCGAACAUGCAACUACCGGCUGAAGUCGGCGCCCUUUCACCAAAGUCAAGCAUUGCAGCAGCUCGCACAAUUUCUGUAGCGAAGACCACGACGGCACUCACCAUCGCGGGGACUCCACAUAUUGAUCAAUCUUYGGAUCAAGGUGAAGAUUCAGCCCGGCAGCUUUGGCGUCAUAUUCGACAUCAUUCCCUCUCUGCGAAGCAAUUGGCAGACAUGACGCCGACCAAACUGCAACAGCUCGAAGCGAAUGAUGAUACUAUAAGGGUGUUGAGACACAGGGCUCUGUCGAWCAAGCGCAGCGUCGGAGUGGAGACGUUGAAGGGUUGGAAGUGGGAAGAGAGGGCAAAGGAUGGCGGCGCCGAAGCACCAUGGCUUUAG